CCGGGGUAACUGGACCCGCGUCAGCGUGCCGUUAGCCUUCCUGGGCUGCGCGAACUCCGCCUGAGUGGCUGCGAAGUGAUUUUCCGAGAGACGGCGGCCGGGAGAGACAGGUCCCCCCCGAAACCAGCCCCUCGACUGACGGGCAGGGCGGAAAUACAGCCCGAGGCGUCUGCGGAGCGGGAAGGACCGACAGCGGAGAGCUGUGGACGCGGAGCUCAAGUUCGGCUUCACAAACUUUUGUCCCGUCGGCAGAGCUGACCUCCGCCAGGAAGCGCAGAGCGAACCGACAGACUCGUUUAUUUAUUUUUGUUUUAAAAAGUCCCGUAUCGAGAGUUUGGUUUCAGGUUUAUUUAUUUCUUUUUUUUUAAAUAGCUUUUAUUUUUUAAGAGACGAUGGCGGAGGGGGCGGCUCGGGGCGGCGGCCUGGGCUCCCGGGUGAGGAAGCUGCUGGGAUCCCCGCCGGCGCUCAGCCUGCGCCGCAGGAGCCGCCAGCCGCCGGCCCGGCGCAGCGUGCUCGGCCGGGUGACCCUUGAGAAGGUGCUGGGUAUCACCACCUCGGGCGCCAGCGGCUUGGCCUGCGACCCCUCGAGCGGGCUGGUGGCCUAUCCUGCCGGCUGCGUUGUGGUGCUCUUACACCCCAAGAGGAACAAGCAGAGCCACAUCCUGAACACAUCCAGAAAAACCUUCACAGCCCUGGCCUUCUCGCGGGACGGGAAGUACUUGGUCACCGGUGAGUGUGGGCACGUGCCCUGCGUGCGAGUCUGGGACGUGGCGGAGAGGACUCAGGUGGCGGAGGUGCAGCACCACAAGUAUGGUGUGGCCUGCGUGGCCUUCUCCACCAACGGCAGCUACAUUGUGUCCGUGGGCUACGAGCACGACAUGACCGUCAACGUGUGGGAGUGGAGGAAAGGCAGCGUCAUCGCCUCCAACAAGGUGUCCAGUCGGGUGACCUCGGUGUCCUUCUCGGAGGACAGCAGCUACUUCGUGACGGCAGGGAACCGACACGUCAAGUUCUGGUACCUGGACGCCUCCAAGGAGCGGCGGGUGAACGGCACCGUGCCGCUGAUCGGGCGCUCGGGGCUGCUGGGGGAGCAGCGCAACCGGCUGUUCUGCGACGUGGCGUGCGGCCGGGGCCAGAUGGCGGCCAGCACCUUCUGCCUGACCAGCUCCGGCCUGCUCUGCCAGUUCAACGAGAAGAGGCUGCUGGACUCCUGGAUCGACCUGAAGACCUCCGCGGGCAGCUGCCUGGCGGUCAGCGAGCAGCUCGUGUUCUGCGGCUGCACGGACGGCACGGUACGCGUGUUCAACCCGUGCACGCUGGACUACAUCACCACCCUGCCCCGGCCACACUGCCUGGGCGUGGACGUCGCCAAGGGCAUCGCGCCAGGACACCUGUUUUCCUGGCACCCCGAGGCUGUGUACCCGGACACCGUGGCUCUGACCUAUGACCCCGUGACCUGCUGGCUGACCUGUGUGUACAGCGACCACAGCGUGUACGUCUGGGACGUGCGGGAUGUGAGGAAGGUCGGCAAGGUCAGCUCCGCCCUCUACCACAGCGCCUGCGUCUGGAGCGUGGAGACCUAUCCCGAGCUGGAGGAUUCCUCGUCGGGCUGCCUGCCGCCCGGCUCCUUCCUGACCUGCUCCUCGGACAACACCAUCCGGCUGUGGCACUGCGACACCGGGCCGCCCCGGCCCCAUCUCACCGGCUACCGCCGGAACCUGUACAGCCACGACCUGCUGAAGAUCGUGUACGCGGGGAACAGCGUCCAGCACUUGAAGGACGGGCCGGAGCGGGGGGAGGUCAACGGGGCCGACAGCAAGGCUGGCAUUCGGGUUCUGGGCAUCAGUCCUGACGGGCAGCACCUGGCGUCCGGGGACCGUGGCGGCAACCUGAGCAUCUACAGCCUGCAGUUCCUGGACGAGGUGGUGAAGGUGGAGGCCCACGACUCGGAGGUGCUGUGUCUGGAGUACUACAGCCCGGAGCCAGGAACGACCCUGCUGGCGUCCGCGAGCCGGGACCGCCUCAUUCACGUCCUGAGCGCGGAGAGCGACUACAGCCUGGAGCAAACCCUGGACGACCACUCCGCCUCCAUCACCGCCGUCAAGUUCACAGGAGCCCUUCCGGAGCUGCGCGUGGUGAGCUGUGGUGCCGACAAGAGCAUCUACUUCCGGACUGCGGAGAAGACGUCCGAAGGCCUCAGUUUCUCGCGCUCCCACCACGUGGUGGAGAAGGCCACGCUGUACGACAUGGCCCUGGACGCCACGCGCACCCACGCCGCCAUCGGCUGCCAGGACCGGAACGUCCGGGUGUACGACGUGAGAAGUGGAAAGCUGAGCAGGUGCUUCAAGGGCUCCCUGAGCGACGAGGGGACAGUGCUCAAGGUGCAGAUGGACCCCUCAGGAAUGUUCCUGGCCACCAGCUGCUCCGACAAGAACAUCUGCAUCUUUGACUUUUACUCCGGAGAGUGCGUGGCGACGGUGUUUGGACACUCAGAGAUUGUGACAGGAAUGAGGUUCAGCCAGGACUGCAGGCACCUGAUCACUGUGGCGGGGGACAGCUGUGUGUUUGUGUGGAGGCUGGACUCCCAGAUGACCAACUCCAUGAGGAAGAGGCUGGCCGAGGUCAGGCGGGCCGGCCGCCGUGAGGGGGCGCCCAAGACUUCUGCCGAGGCCAACUUUAUCAGGCGACAGACCUACAUCACCGUGCCCAGCAGCCAGCCCGCCCAGACAGGCGAGGAGGGGGAGAUGGAGGAGGACGAGCAGGAGGAGGAGUGCCUCCAGACCCCGGCCCGGGACACCUCCGACCCUGGCUUUGUGGACCCUGCGUUCCUGCAGACGAAUGGGAGGUUGCCGCUGUGGGCCAAGCGACUGGGCGCCGCGGAGAGCUGUGCGGAGGAGCCCCCGGAGCGCCUCCCCGGAAGCCCCUACCAGCCGCGGGGCCGCUGGGCGGAGCAGUCGGACCCCCAGGCUCUCCGCAGUGUCCUGGCCACGCGGCUGCAGCUGCCCCUGUCGCCCAGCCCCCCGCGAGAGCAGGGCCCGGCCAGCGGCGGGCCCGACCCGGAGGACACCGACUUCCAGCCCCAGAGCUUGGACAGCCUGAUCGGCGAGGAGGAGGAGGAGGAGGUGUCGGAGGGCCAGUUUGUGGCCGGUUUCCGGCGCCCGGGAUUCCCGCAGCUGUCGGAGAGCGAGGAGACGUUCCCCGCGGACCCCGACCUGCCGGAGACCAGCGACGACAUCCUGUACCCGGCCAACAGCACGGCGCUCUCGACCGUCGCCGACGGCGACUUCGACGUGAAGGAGCUGUGCAGGGGCGGAGGCGUGCGGCGCCGGCCCGUGGAGCACAGCCCGGACAGCGCCUGCUGCGUGGGCUCCGCCGAGAGCCAGGCCUCCAGCCAGGACCGACCCGGGGACGACGCCGACUCCCUCAGCCAGGCCAGCUCGACGGGCAGCUCCGGCGUGGACGAGGAAGAGGAGGAGGAGGAGACCAGCCCCUCUCUGGCCAUGACCCCGGAACAGGAGACACUUCUGCACCGCCACUUCGGCACCCUGGCUGACGACCUGGCCAACGAGAAGUUUGACACGGACCUGCGGGACCUGAGGCCGUCGGCAGAAAGCAUCUUCCUGAACCCUCGGCUCAGCAUCUCGGCCCGGUUCCUGUCGCGCUGCCAGGCCCGCUCCAGGCUGGGAGCUGCUCUCCCCCCUCGGCCCUUCGCACCCCACGCCGGGAUCUCUGAGGAGGAGCCGAGCGACGGCACCCUCAGCCAGGAGAGGAUCGCUCCGGAGGUCAGUUGUGAGUGCCAUCCGGACCAGUCCGAGGCCUCAUCUCGGGGGGGAAAUUCUAGUCGCGCAGUCCAAAGGAAAAGCUCCGACCGGAGACGACAGCGCCCCCCCCAGUGCCGACGGACGAUCUCGGGGCCCCUGCUCGGAGUCGGGCCGGGAGAUGACGGGCCGGCCCGCGGCCCCCAGGCCGGGGCACAGCCGUGCUCCCGCGAGGACGCCGAGCCUGGCGGGGCUACGGCGGCUCCCCGCCGACAGUCCCUGCCUGGGCCCUGCAAGGAGGCCGCGCCUGCCGCCGCCGCCAGGGCGCCCUGGCAGAGCUACAUGGGCGCCACCGCCAGUUCUCGCGCCAAGAUGUCGCGCUGCAGCUCCUUGGGAGAGAACCUCAACUUCAAAGCUGCGGAGGACCAGGGCGUCCCGUGCAAGGGCGCUGGCACGCGGGCCUCCUCUGCUCUGGACCUGGCCAAGGAGAACCUCCCGCUGGGCAAGGAAGGGAAGAGCUACCUGGACAGCGUGGAGGAGAGCCUGCAGUCGCAGGCCUGCAGCCCGGCCCGCUCCUGGGCGAGUCUCGGGCCCGUCGCCAGGCUCCAGAGCCACGCUGACCCGCACGCUGGCGGGUCGAGGGCUCCCACGCCGGUACCUGAGCCGCUGCGGACCGAGCCCGAGACGGAGACGCCCACCGAGGGCAGCCGGGCCCCCGACACCGACACCGGUGCGUGCCAGGAGCCCGUCAGCCUGCAGGCCUGCCAGCGCGUGGUGAAGGAGCUGCAGCAGGCGCUGAAGAAAGCCGUGUCUCUGUACUGCCAGCCCUCCCUCUCCCCUCCCCAGCUGGCGGCGGGCGGCGCGGAGCAGCAGAUGAAGUCCGUCCUGGCCGACGCCUUCUCGGCGGUGCAGACGGAGCUGGAGGCCGUGCGCGGCCCCGCCCAGGCCACGCCCUCGCCCUCCCGUCAGCUGCAGGACGCGCGCACGCAGGCCCUGCUGGAGCGCUACUCCGAGCAGCUGCUGAGGAUGACCGCCAGGAAGCUGGACUGCAGCUGAGGGCCGUCCGCGGCUCUAAACCAGUCAUCCGCCCCAGGGCGGCCUUCUCGUACCCCUGUCCUCCAGCAGUGUCCCUGGGCUUUUGCCUGCAGAGCCUGCUUGUCAAUGAGUUAUUUUUGUCGGCGCUUUGCGUUUUAGAUAUUGCGGUAACUUUUUAAAAAUCCCGCGGCGUGUGGCCAGAGCACGUUCCGUCCUGAUGAGACCGCCGCGGGUGCCGUCUCUCGCUCGUGAUGGCGGCUGCCCUGGGAGUGGACUUCGAGUUCCACGCUGGCUGUCUGCGCCAGCACCUUCACCUGCAGCGCCUUUCUUUUGUUUCUUCGGUACCUGCUGCUUCUAAGGAACGACGAUACAUCAUUUUUAUUCAUUAUACAGUCUUAUAUCUAUAUAUGCGGUUAGCGUUGACACCGGACAGUUUUCAUGUGAAUUGCGCCGUGCACUUUCCUCCCGGGUUCUUAAGGUCACAAGCGUGUGUGAUAUUGAUAUGUACAGCAUUGUUAUUUUAUUGUUUUGCGUUUGAAUGUGGGGUGGGGAGCAGUAUUUAUUACGAAACCAAAGAAAGGGAGCGAAGCAGAUAGACUGCGGUGGUUAUGGGAGAUUGUGAAGCUGUGAUGUAAAUAUUUUGCUGUUUUUAUAUUCAUACCAGUCUGUGCCUUGAGGAACGCUGGUAAAGAGUGAAAAUCUGUCUUUUUGUGUCCUUGUCCUUGUUUUAUAUUGCACCUUUUAAUCGGUCUUUAAAGAAAAUAAAAGUUUGUUUUAUGCUUUC